AUGCUCACGUGCGUGUGUUCCUUCGUCAUCGGCGUCCUCUUCCUCGUGCUCGUCCGUUUCUUUGCGGGGGUCUGCGUGUGGAUAUCAAUCGUGAUGGUCGCUUUGAUCCUCUGCAUGUUCGCAUUCGUCUGCUACACCAAGAGCAUCCAGUGUGCUGGAGCUUCGUUGUUCGAGACAGGCUCGCAGACGACGACCCAAGUGGUCACCUAUGCGGUGGCGCAGGCCACCGAGAUUACGUCUGGAGAGGCAGUCAGCGAGGAACUUGUCGGUGAUGGCAACUCCUACCGUGGAGUUCAGUCCAUGACUCAGUACGGCCAGAAGUGCCAAAAGUGGAGCGUCACGUCUCCACAGGAGUACCAAACCUACGGCAUCGCGCCCUAUACGGAGGACCAGGGCGGCACGACCAUUUGGUGUUUCACGCAAGACCCAGACAUUCGGUGGGCGGAGUGCCUUCCAAUCGGGCUGGACCCUCCGGAAUGUCAGGAUGGCUAUGCGGUGAGUGGGCAGACAGGCCGUGACGCGCUUCUGUACACAGGUUACGUGAUUCUUGGCUUCGCUGGGCUCUGGCUCAUCGUAGUGAUGUGUUUGUUCAAGCAGAUCGUGCUGGCCAUCCGUGUGACCCAGGUGGCCUCCAGGUUCCUGGCCACCACCCCGAGCGUGCUAGUGGUCCCAAUGGUGCAGGUGCUGUGCACAGUUGUGUGGUGCCUCUCCUGGUUCUUCGGAGCGGCUUUCAUCUUGUCUCAGGUCCCAACUGACUAUACUCCGACAGGCUACUACGCCACCUACGAUGCCGCAUGGGAGGCAUGCACCUACGAGGGAUCGGGCCCGUACGGAUGGCCCGUCAGUGACGUCUGGAGGGACGAGACUUGCGGUGGCUCCGCCGUUUCCAAAUGCUGGCGGUGCCAACCGCCCCGCUACAUGAUGGGCCUUGAGUUCGCCUACACGUUCUUCAUGUAUUUGUGGGUGAAUGCCUUCUUCAUCGCUGCGGGGCAGUGCAUCAUAGCCGGUACGGUGGGCAUUUGGUUCUUCAACCAGAGCAGGGACACGCAGUUUCAGCGUGGAGCUCUUCGAAAGUCUGCCUGGAACGCGGUCCGGUACCAUUUGGGAUCCCUUGCAUUCGGCUCUUUCAUUAUCGCAAUGGUGAAGUUCAUCAGGUACGUAAUGCUGUUCCUGGAGAAGCAAGCAGAGGCCCGGAAAAACCGUGUCAUGGCAUAUGUCUUGAAAUGCGUUCAGUGCCUCAUCUGGUGUUUUGAGAAGUCAUUGGAAUACAUCAACAAGUUGGCCUACAUUCAGAUCGCUCUCCUGGGUACCAACUUUUGCUCCUCAGCAAAAACGGCGUUCUACCUUGUGUUGCGGCAUGCCAAACGCUUCGCGUCAAUAAUGGUCCUGGGGAGCGCAAUCGACCUUAUCGGCUUUCUGUGCAUCCUCGCGACGACGACUAUCAUCGGCUACACCAUCCAGACAGCAAUUCACCCUGAGGUCUCUCCCAUUGCUCCAACUGUGAUCUACGCCAUGGUAGGCUACGUUGUCGGCAAGCUGUACAUGAACGUGUUCCAUCUUGCAAUCGAUGCCAGCUUGCAGUGCUACAUCGCCGUGGAGGAGAUGGGCAUGGACGACACCUGCGUCCCAAGGGAGCUCAAGAGAAUGGUGAACAAGCAGCCCACCGACGGGCAGAGCUCGAAGGCCGAGGACAGGACAAGCAACGAAUCGACAGCAGAGGAAUCUGAGCCAUGA